CACAGGAAAAAGUUUCAGGGAGAGACCGAAGGAGUGAGGGGGCCGGCCAUAGUAUUAGGCACUUGCACAUUUUGAUCUGAUCAUGUCUUCCGAACUUUCCAACAAAAAGAAGAGAAGACGCACCGUGAGUUCAGACACAAAGCCAAGCAAGGGCAAGGGCAACGACGACGACGAUGACAUCGGCAAGCCCGUCUUCUCGAAUGGCAACGAUGACGUACUGUCUCAUUUGAGGAACACUGCCAAAAAGAAGAAGAAGAAACACGAGAAUCGUCGGUCUUCUUUCUUGUCGUCGACAGCGGCGGCGACGGCGGCUUCGUCCUCCUCGAAGACUUCCGCGGUUGCCCUGUCGUUGCAAGAAGAACGGGUUCGUCUAUCAAAGAUCCGGAAAGAACUCCCUGUCUACGCAUUCAAGCAAGAAAUUCUUCGGAAAAUGACGGAACACGACGUACUGUUAGUAAUGGCCGAAACUGGGAGUGGAAAGUCGACGCAGAUUCCGGCCUAUCUCGAAGAAGGGGGGCUGCUUUCUGCCAACCGGAGCGAGAAGAAAAAUGCCCGGAAGGAGACUCCCGGCAAACGGGGAAAAUACAAGAACAAAGAAGGAUCCUCGUCCUUAUCUCGCUCCACUGCCGCUGCCUCCGCAUCUGCUACGGCUCCGUAUCACGCCCGAUCCAUCUGUGUGACACAACCGAGACGGGUAGCCGCCAUGACGGUGGCCAGGCGUGUUGCCCAAGAACGAGGGUGUGUCCUGGGCACCGUAGUGGGGUAUCGCGUGCGGUUCGACGACUGCAGCUCGCGCAAAACCAAGCUGCUGUACGCGACCGAUGGAAUGCUUCUGAGAGAAGCCAUGAGCGAUCCAUUGCUGAGCAGGUAUGGUGUCAUUGUGCUUGACGAAUCGCACGAACGUUCGUUGCAAACCGAUAUAUUGUUCGGGGUUGUAAAGAGGGCCAUGAGGGCCAGGGGCCAUGUAGAUACCAGCGACGAAAACAGCGACGAAAGCAACGAAGAAGAUGCCGGGUCGGAAGAGACACGAGAUGGGAAAAUGAAGCGUUUGCUCCGCGCCAAGGCCGAAGAGUGGAACCUACCGAGACUCAAGGUGGUGGUCAUGUCAGCGACCCUGCAAAUUUCCACCUUUCAAACGUUUUUCCCCGAUGCAGUGACUAUUCAAAUUCCAGGAAGAUUGUUUCCCGUUCAGACCGUUUAUACAAAGGAAUACCAGGAAGACUACAUCGAUUCGGCACUGGCAACGUCGCUACAAAUACACUACGGAAUGGAUGAUGGCGAUGGAGGCGGUGACAUUCUCGUGUUUCUGCCAGGGCAGGAAGAAAUCGAAACUCUGAACCAGCUUUUGAAACGCCAUCUCGAAGAAGAUCGAGACGGUGGAAAGGUGCAAAAACAUCUUUCGGAUAUUGUACAGGACGUCGGUGGAAUCGGAACCACGAUAUCGAGCCAAAAGGGAGCCGCCAACAUUGUCAAUGGCGUCAUGAUUUGUGUUCUCUAUGCGGCCCUCCCCCCGGAAGCCCAAAUGCUGGCAUUUGCCCCCAAACCAAAGGGCUGCUCCCGAAAGAUCAUUCUCGCUACAAACAUUGCCGAAACAUCGGUGACCCUGGACGGGAUUCGCUAUGUUGUGGACUGUGGGAAGCACAAAACGCGCGACUUUUCCGACGCGACCGGGAUGGAAUCCCUCACGGUUCAGGAUAUCAGUAGAGCCCAGGCAGCCCAGCGAACAGGUCGUGCUGGGAGAGUGAGCGCUGGCCUCUGUUUUCGCUUGUAUACCGAAGACGCAUUCGACGGCUUGGCAGAGGCGUCCGUCCCCGAAAUCUCUCGCGUGAAUUUGGCAUCGGUCCUCCUCGUGCUGAAGGGGAUGGGCGUUUCCGAUCCACUCCAGUUUGACUUUUUGACUAGACCUAGCACGACCUCGUUGCGGCGAGCAUGUGAGCUCUUGUAUGCCCUGGGGGCGUUGAGUGACAGCAUGGAACUGACGGCUCAUGGCCGAAAGAUGGCCAAGCUCCCGGUGGAUCCUAUUUAUGCUCAUUUGUUGUUGCAAAGCCCAAGCUACGGGUGCACUAGCGAAAUGCUGACGGCUGUUUCUAUGUUGAGCGCCGAGAAUGUUAUGUUUCGCCCUGGCGGAGGGGGUCCGGGAGAGGGCAAUGGAAAGGCAAGCCUGGGACAGAAGGCGGUUCAGGCUCAUCGAAGAUUUGCGAGUUACGAGGGCGAUCUCCCAACACUCAAAAAUAUAUUCGAGGCAUGGCGAAAGGAAGCAAUUUAUACUCCUUCAGGCGUAAAAAAAGGAAGAGGAAAUGAAUACGGGGGAAAGAUUCUUCACGGACAGGUAAGUAAGGUUUGAUGCUAUUCCUGCUGGUCUCAUUGCAUGUCGUUCUUACUUCGGUCUUUUCUGCUUUUUGGCCUGUUGGAAUAUGAAUAGUGGUGUGCACGCAACUUUAUAAAUGGCCGUGCGUUAGUCCGGGCCUUCAACGUAAGGCAACAGCUGAGCUCAAUCUGCGCCAAAAGCAUAGACAAAGGUGGCCUGAAUAUGGAUGUUUCUCAAUCCUGCGGAGAAGACGAGAUCCAAUUUCUGAAGUGUGCUUGUGCGGGGCUUUUUCUGCAGUCGGCCACCCGAUUGACAACUUCUGACGAAACGAAAGGCAGAAGGCACGACAGCAACGGGGGCAAUUCUGGCCGCCUUGGUCCUUCCAGAGGAAGGUACAAGACAAAGAUUGGCAGCGAAGUGGUAUCAAUUCACCCCACCUCGACAAUCUUUGGUCGCAAUCCAGCUCCAAAGUCGGUAGUGUACACAGAGCUGCUCAUAACCAAAAAAACGUAUCUUCGGGGAGUGACACAAAUCCGAGAGGAGUGGUUGGCCGAAGUCGCACCGGAUUUCUUCAAAUAAGACCUUCAAACUUGAUUAAAAGAAAAAGCUGUCUCGUGUUUCGAUAGGACUGAUUCUAAGAUGGAAUAAAAUGAUAUUUCGUUUCGCGGCAUUAAUUAGCAUAAUUAUAUGCUAUAAUUUAGGUUUUAACACUAGCUAGGCUGUGGCCUUGUGCUUAGUUGUCUGACUUUGAAAACCAAAUCACUACAGGUUCCAUUCGAAAAAUCCCUUAUGCUUUGACUCGGCUCUGACAACAGCCCAGAUGACCUGGGAGAAUGAUUCAUAGGACUCAAACUUUGGCAAAUACAGUCUCCGUGCGCACGUAUUUGCUCGAGGCAAGCACCCAGGAUCUUGCAUCGGCAAAAACUUGCCACUCGACGACACGAUGGGUAUGAUUUCAAUCAAUCCCGGCGUCACGAUUGGUACACUGGUGACAAAGCUCAAAAAUUGACGACGACGCUUGGGCGAAGCUUCAAGCAAUGCCCUUACAACAUAUUUUAUAGUCGUCGAGGCGGGAUCGAAACGACGGCCCACCGCUUCUGUAUUUCCGCCGAUCGCAGCGACAGCUACCAAUGCUUCUGUUACACCCUUUGUGUCAAGUUUCAAAAGCUUCUUUAUUGCAUCUUCGUCCCAAUCAUCUACGUCGUCGCCCAUUCCACAACCAUCGCGCUGCAAUUCCUCUGAUGUAAACAAGCGGAGAUAAUCACAAGGAAAAAAGUCAUCUACACCUGCCCUAAACGCAGCUGCCUGUUCGAUAACUCCCUCAUGCAACAUGAAAUAUUUCGCUAACGCAACCCAUUCGCGAAUGUUGUAAAUGGUUACAUUUCGGUUGAAUCCAUUGCUACAUAGUGGGUGUGCGGUAAACCCCUGUGUUGGGUCCAAGGGAUCAACAAAGGUCCUAUCCUGAAAAUAUUCGUUGAAUGAACAAUCAUAGCUUUUCCCUAGAGCAACUCGGGCAAACUGUACAUCCGAGGCCAAAUUGCUGUAUUCUCUUUCUCUUUCGAGAUCAUUGAGAGGUGGUUCCAUGCGGUCGAUACGAUCGAGUCUGCAGCAAAUAUACGCCUCAACAGCGUAAACCUCUCCACCAAGAAAUCCCGGUCGAGGAAGAUCAUUACUGGACAAAAUAUAUUCUUCCUGUUUUCCACCGUCUAUACGGCCUCUGAAAGCGUGAUCUGGAUCAAAAUGAGGCAAAGAGGUCUCGCCAGAGUACUGUACUAGCUUCAAAAAAGACGAACUCAAAGGUAGAGGGAAGAUGAAACCAUCUCUCAUCGCUGCAGCGAAUAAUCGGCCCAUGAAUCUAAAAUAUUUCAUGACAUGUGAGAAUUGAGGAUGGACUUCCGAUAUAGGUCGCGGGAAGACACCAAAUAUGCCGGCUGCUGCUGCCCGUGGUGUUGGAACAAUCACUUGCCCAGAAGAAUCGAUAUCAGGAAUCCAGAGCGGUAACUUGAGAGGCCUGCUAGAAUCCUUGAUUGGAAACGAAGUCACGCCAGAAUUCAAGCCUGGGUCUACCGGACACGUUGAGAAUAUCACACCUGCUACGGUAUCACAAGACAUCAACGCUUCUGCAAUAUCCGCAUAGAAUCCCCUGGUUACACCAGCUUCGUCUCCAGAUGCAGCAUCAAAACCAGAUUCUCCGUCGAACCGGACCUCUAACCUUCUUCGUCCAAGAUUAGCAUUACAAGAAUAUUGGUCCAUGAUUGAUAAUGCGUCUGACAGAAGGGAUUCGCGAUGGACAGCAGCUUUAGCUACUUGUAGUGUCAUCUCUUCCCAUCCUUGGGUUUCAAACGAUGCCCUGACCCGCGUAGCAAGUCUCUAAAAA